AUGGCUCAGCCGACCGCUUUGACGCCCCAGCAGCAGGAGUAUAUCGCUGGCGAGAAGCGACGCUAUCUGGCUGAUUAUAUCGCUCGGCACUUUCCUGCUGCUGCCGUACCAUUGAGUGGGCAUGCCGACGAGGCUGCCAUCCUUCAGCAAGCCCAGUGCCUCUGCGAUCUCUGGUUCAAGGAGCUGACCCAGACCACCAUGCGGGACAUGCCAAAGGCGCAACUUGUGGGAGACGAGGUUUUCAUCCGCCGACAACGUCUCGCGCCGGACAGUCAGGAGGAGCACGUCGAGAUCAUCUUGCCCGCAAUGCUCGCCCCGGUCAUACACGUCGGCGGGUCUGCCCACACCAUGGGAAUUAUCCGUACCGGCUGGGCUGCCCGAGGGGUUGGAGUGUACACGUAUUUGCGAGCCCAACAGGAUGGAUUGCACCUCAUGGCCUGCCCUGCACUGGUCUAUAGGGCAGGAGGCAACUUGGCUCACCUCGCAGACCUCGGCGUCAAGGCUGUCAAGGACUGGGCGGCUGGCACCCUCGGCGGAGGCUCGCGUUGGAUGCUCGACUCCCGCAACCUCCCGAACAAAGCCGCCUACACGCCUAUGCGGAACGAGCGAUGUUCGUGGCAAUACGAGCCGUAUGAUGCAGACCGCUACCUCGAGAAGCCUCCGACGCAGGCAAAGUGGAUCCGGCGCGAUGAGCACACCCAGCGAACCUUCAUCUUCGACGCCGUCUUGACGGUAGCAGCGCAGGAACACGAGCGACGCAUUCCUCAUCUCGUUCUCCCUCGCCCGUAG